CAUCUCUCUCUCGAUCUCUCUCAUCUCUCGCCAUUUACUAACAUAAAACAAAAGAAUCGAUGGCGGUUUGAAUUCUGUCGUCGUCGUCGCGGGAGGAGGAGCAAGAGAAGAUGAGCUACUCCCAGAUAGCUCCUCAGGAAGCUUACCCGCCACCAGGGUGCCCGCCUGCUCCCCAUCCGCCGCCGGAGGCCUAUCCGUACCCUCCGACGGUGGGGCCGCCGACUCACCCUCCCUUCGAGGGGUAUCAACGGUAUUUCGCCGGAGGGCAUCCUCCGCCGCAGGCGCAGCCGCAGGUGCAGCCGCAGCCGCCUCCUCAUUACCACCAUCACCAACAAUGUGAUGAUUUUUACUAUUAUGAUCAGUCGGGUCGUGCUCCCCUUUUGCAGUGCUGCUGGGCUGCGCUCUGCUGCUGCUGUAUGUUGGAGGAAUGCUGCUGCUGUAUGAUGGAGGAAUGCUGCUGCUUUUUUCGCUGAAGGCAGAUGAAUUAUGAUAUUCGAUACACUGCCUAUGGAUUGCUAUCAUUGAAGAAUUUAGUUGAAUCUAGAAUAUCUUUGUCAUAUCCGUUUGCUGAUAAGAAACAGUGUUUCAUGCUUAGUCGCCAGCGGAAUUAACUGCAGUGUUUCCCCGUCAAUGUACAUGAGAAAGAUUCUGUGUAAAACUAUGCACUUCUGGGACAGUCGAUGCGGUUGCUUAAUUUCUUGACUCCUUUCUGCUCGAAU